GGGGGCGGGGUCAUAAUCACACUAUAUUCGGCACAACGUGUUGGGAAACAGGCUGACAUUACCCCAGGACUCGGAUUCUGGUUGUCAAUUCCAAUAGGCUUGGGUUAUUAUGCCGAGAUGAUGACAUCUGGUUGGCGGAACUAGACAUAGGCUAAGCUUCUAUAGGCUGCGCACCCUGCGUUAGGAGUCUGAUUAAACAAUAUGGGAGCAUGUACUUCGAAGUAUAUAACCGGCAGUUCUGCUAUUCGCCUGAAGGAGCCCGGGGAAGAUACCACCUGAAGUCUAGAGUUUGGUACGGCUUUAGAUGCACUUCCGACAUUCACCUCGGGAAUAAACUGGAUUGGAUAAUUAACACAGCUUAGCCGGAGGCGUUUGCGCAAGUCUUUCUGAUCCUACAACGCCCAAGAGGCUAAUCAAGCAUAGCGGAUAACCAUUGACGAUGACUUCAAAUCCAAAUUGGGGCGAGACAACAUCCGGGUUGGAAGUUGCGAAAGUCUUCGCAGACCAGGUCAAGGGUCGAAAUGUCCUCAUUACCGGUGUAUCCCCUGACGGGGUGGGCAGCGGCACCGCCCUCGCAUUUGCCUCACAGAACCCCUCAACUCUAAUCCUCGCCUCCCGAACCAAAUCGAAGAUGGACCAAGUCGUCUCGGAAAUCCACUCCCACUAUCCCGACGUGAACGUGCAAAUAGUUCUCCUGGACUUAGCCUCACAGUCUUCCAUCCGCAAAGCCGCCUCCGAAGUCGCCAACCUAGUCUCUAAGCUCCACCUCCUCAUCAACAACGCCGGCGUCGCGCCCGCCGUCCGCAAGAAGACGGAAGAGGGAAUCGAGCUCCAAUUCGGCGCUAACCACGUGGGGCACUUUCUCCUCACCAAACUCUUGCUACCGCUCCUCGAGGCUGCAGCGUCGACGGAGGGGAAUCCGAAGGGGAGUACGCGCAUUGUCAAUUUGUCGAGCCAGGCACAUUGGCUGUCGCCGUUUCGGUUCCACGAUUACAAUAUCGAGAAUAAGGAAGUUCCCGACGAGGAAAAGCCGGCCGCGCCCAUGCCGCGCGUGUUUGCCGAGGUGUUGGACGAUGGGUAUAUGCCGACGGUGGCGUAUGCGCAGAGCAAGACAGCCAAUGUGCUGUUUAGUGUGUAUUUGCAGAAGUAUUUGCAGGGGAGGGGGAUUGAGGCGUUUGCGGUGCAUCCUGGUGGCGUCACUACGAAUUUGGGACGAGAGCAGCAGGACGAGUAUAACCAGGAGAUUUUGAAGACAUCGAAUUAUUGGAAGAAUAUCGACGAAGGUGCUUCGGCCACACUGGUUGCUGCAUUGGAUCCAGCUCUCAAUGACGCCGAUGGUGUCUACUUGUUGGACUGUCAAUUUGCAGAGGCCGCUCCUUGGGCGACGGAUCCGGUUGCAGCUGAGAAGCUAUGGAGGUUGAGUGAGGAUCUCAUCGGGGAUGACUUCGAGAUAGACUAGAGGAAUUUUCUGCGGAGGAUUGUGGGGGUCGUAGGUAAGGUCCUCUUGCUGUAGUCUGUGGGUUCUAUUCUUGAAACCACUACAAUUAAACCAAUCAAAAUAAAGUGCUGU